UCCAGGGUCUUUCGGUGCACAUGGCAUUAAUAAUCUUUUUCUUUGUUUCAGUGCCUCAACCAACUAAUGUUAUCAUAGAAUCAUUUAAUUUCAACACUUCGGUGCAGUGGGAUUACAAAAGUUUAUCCUCAGAACCUCUUUUUGUUGUAGAACUCCUAUGCUAUGGUUUUUCAUCUGGUGUUUACUUGGAAUUCAGUAGCUGUGUGAACAUAUCACAGCAUUAUUGUGACCUCACACACAAAGUUGAACAGUGUGUGUCUUUCUGGGUGAGAGUUAAAGCUCUUGCUGGACCACAAGAAUCUGAGUAUACAGAGUCACAACAAUUUAAUAUAUACAGGAAUGGUCAAAUAGGACCACCAAAACUUAACCUCUAUGUUCUUGGUCAUGGAAUCCAAGUUGAUAUUGAACACCCUCUCACUCCAUAUCGCAAGAAGCGUACGCUUAGCAUAAAAGCAAACUUCACAGACUUCACAUACAAAGUGUCCUUUUGGAAAAAAGGAAAUCAAGAAGAGCAUCAAGAAUUUGAAACAGAAAGAUGCAAUCACAAAAACUGUACCAUAAAUUUCCACAUUCCUUUGUGGGAUACUUCCUACUGUGUCUCAGCUCAUGGCAUUUCUGAAGACUAUAGUGUAAAAGGUGAAGAAUCAAAAGAAAGCUGUAUUGACGUUCUUUCUAAACAUCAAUCAGAUUUAACGGUUCCCAUAAUUCUUGGUAUAAUUGGCUUGUUUGUUUUGAUGGUGAUCCUUACAAUAAUCUUCAUAUGUAUGAAGAAGAAAAACAUUAAACUUCCCAAGUCUCUGGCUGCUGUGGUAAGGAACCAGGUCAACAAUAUCGACACAAACUCAGAACCCAGAAUUUUUUCUUUUAUAACAUCAUCAUCUGAUAAGCAAGUGUUAUCUGAAUGUGAUGAUAAAAAAUCACUGGAACAAGUGUAUUUCAUGAGCGAGGUUAACACCACUGACUUCAGUAACUGUGGCACAGAAGUAGAUCCUUAUGGCUCCCAGGGUGCUUUAAGUAAAACAGGAGAGGAAAGUAUCAUGGAAAGCAUGCCAGAAAGCAUGAUUGUGGGGAUCCCUGAAGGAGAACAAAAUUCUGCAGACAAUGGCAAUUAUUUUAAAUCUGUCAGUGAUCCAGAAGAAAUGGACAACACUUUUGAAAAUGUGGAUUUUGCCAAAGCAAACCUGCAGCCACCCAUGUGCUGCCGAAACAUAUCCGGCUAUGACAAGCCCCAUUGGAAAGACUCAGUCUCUGAAGUUGACUCACUGAUUACUUAGGGUGCUAGAUGCCCAUGGGAGAUAUUCCCCUUGUAAGAAAACAGUACUGAAAACUAUAAGUAGUCCCUUGGCUAUUGCAGAUAUCCAUGUAAAUAUUUGUAAACACUUUAAUCUUGAUAAGAUAGCUAAUUAGAUGCUAGGUAGGCUCAUGAUGCCUGCCCUUUGCACUUGCUGAUGCCAAAGCAGUAACAGAGCCUGCACUUCAGUAGUUUGCAGCCUUUGACAUUGGGUGGAUAUAUUGUUCCUAUAUUUUACUAUGUGUGGAAAUGUUUUGUUGAACAGAACAAACAACAAGUGAUGGUAAGUUUGCUCUCUUCAGUCCUUCUCAUGUUCUUCUCUGUUACUAUAUCCAGCUGCCAUUGUAGCUUCCCAUAUCCCCUGGGUUGGGACUGCAGGACUUUUCAGGAGAAAAGGGACUGCUGAACAAUGCAGCAUCUCUUCCCAUACAUAAAAAAGUUGAGACAUGUAACAGACAUUGACAAUAGCAAUCAUCUGGCAUGGCUCUACGCACAACUACAGGAUCAUAGAAAUAUAGCAUUGGAAGGAACAUAAGGUAUCAUCUAGUCCAGUCAACACUGGAAACCCAUAGCUACUGUAGCCUUGAGAGGUUACCAUCCAACCUCUUAAAAUAAUAGUAAUGGAGAAUCUGCUAUUCUUCUGAGCCAGUCUGUUCUACUAUCAAACAGGUCUCGAUGUCAAGAGGAUUUUCCUAAUGUUUAGUCAGCAGAAAACAACUUGCUCCUUCUGACAGUCCUUCAGAUAUCUGAAGGUAGCAGUCCUGUACCUCUCCAUCAUUUCUUCUCUAGGCUAGACAUACCCAAUUCAUUCAACUGUCUCUCAUAUGACUUAGUUUCCUUCAAUCAUGUAAUGUCUCAUUCUUAGGUCUCUUCACCAUCCACAUUUAAUGCCUCUGUAUAGAAACCUCCCCCUGAUAUGUAAAGAGGAUAUUCUCUGAUCAAAUGCACUUCAUCAUCUUCUUUCUUUGUAUUGGGGAAUAGAAUGCAUUGAGUCAUGGCUGCAUGUGAGCAACUUCCUUUGGGAAGAAAGCUCCAGCCAUUGGGUAAACAGUUAUCUGUAACAUGAAAAGGAAUAUGUAAAUCAGGAAGGAAACCCCACAAGGUCUUGUUUAUUCUUAGAGGAUGGUAUGUGCACAGCUGAAGGUAUUGUGAACAAUAGGUUAGCAACAAUGCACCUACCAAAUUAUAAGAUCAUUUUACUAACUGGAAGGGCAGCUAUUUAAAACCUGAUACUUAAAAAAGAUACAAUGUGCAUGCUGGAGCGGGGGGGGGGGCGACACUGGAAUUUGAUAGAGUGACAGCAACACACCAGAUGUGUCAGCCUCAUAAAUUAGGAGAAGAUUAUGCAAAGCCAGCUGUACCAUAUAAAUGCCCAUUUUUUAAUACUGCUCCAUGACUCUUGGUGCUUAUCAUAUGGUCUAGCAUCUGGUCAGCCCUGUUCUCCUCCAAUAUAUCUGCUGUAAUCAGACAUGUGUUGUUCUUAUUGCUUAUUUAUGUUCAGAGUUUCUUCCCAGACUGGUUUUAGUUUAUUCCUGCUAUAGGGCACGAUGUUUCCUGGCAGUAAUUACCAGGGGAGGGAGGGGGAGUGCAGACAGUUAACAAAAAUGGCCAAGAAUUGCAAAAGGGAAGCCAAACCUGGUACCAAAUGGGAAAAACAAUUAGAGUGCAUGGAUAUGGGCAAUGGUGAUGUUCAUUCUGCCAUUUCAGCACAGCACUGUGACUCAAACUAUAUGUCUUCCAAUUGUUUGAGAUGUGCCUUACUUUUUCUAUUAUUGUAGUAUCUUAAUGACUAUCCAAUGUAGCUUACCCACUGCAGUAAGGACAGCAGGGGUUCCCAAACCUAUGAGCCAUUGAUCACAAUUUUUAUAUAUGACAAACACAAGUAUUUGGGGCUUGUGAAUACUUUUAAAUAUCUUUAACUAUCCUGCAGGUAAGCUACACCAAGGAAAUCCAGCUAUUUUUGCCAUAACAUGCAAAUAGGAGUGAAGUGUUCACUCCACAAAAGAGUGGUAGGGUAUAAAAGAUAGAGAAGUGCCUGCAAUUUAGAGCAAAAGGUUACAACAACAAGUGUACACUCUUUGUUCUUCUAACAGGUAUUCACUGAAGAAACAUGAAACAUGGGAAGCAUAUGGGAAGCAUAUUUCUUAGGCUUCAUUUGCCCUUAAUGAUAUUGCAGUGCCAGAUCAGAUUAGUUGCCUGAUGUUUGAAUGCCAUUGCAUUCACAUUAUUUCUCCUUAUAUGCCUCAGUAUGAUGCUACCAUACAUACAAAGAAGGGAAGUGAGCAAAGUUCCCCACCUCCAAAAAUGAUAACUUUUGGAGAAAUAUUUCAGAAAAGAUGUAAGUGAGAAAUGUCAUAUGGCUCCUUUCAGCAUCAGAAAUGUUAAUCAACAUUCCCUUUCUUGAGAGUGGAGGUUAGUCUUUUAUUAAUAACUGUAUGCCCAGACAAACAACCAUAGCUUAUAUAUCUAUUCUGCAAUGAUUUUCUGCCCUUUCUUUAGCCACUGAGUUAUGAAUGUUGUCUUUGGGUGAGAGCCAUUGUACUAUAAUCUACUUUUACUACACUCUUGUAUAGUACUUUUGAUGCAUUACAUAUGUUAACUAUGGUAUUUUAUUUUUUUACCUAUAACUGACUUUUUGAUAGCACCACCCCACCCCUUGGCAGGAUUAUAAUGUUUACUUUUCUUGGUUUUUUUCUCCUUCUUAAUGGGAUUCGUUUUAAAAUAGAAUCAUAGAGUUGUGGAAGAAAAAGUUUUAAUAUACAAGCUGCCAGAAAACCAACCAAUAAUUACUUGUCUAGUUAUAUCAAGAGAUAGAGGAACACAUGAAGUGUAGUUUAAAGUCUAUCAGAUAUAUUAAGCCUCAAUGACAACAUGGUAAGACUCAGAGGUUCACUAAACAUUGAGAUAAUUUUUAUGUAGCCAAAUUGCAGUCAGAAAACAUAUUGCCAGUAGAUGGCACUCUUGCCCUGUAGUUCACACAGCACUUUAAAAGCUGCAUGUGGAUGGUAAUAGAUUCCAGCUAAUGCUGGGAAUCUGACUACACUUUGUUUUUAACAGUGCUAACCUUGUAGAAAUAUGGAAUUAUUUAUCUAAUAAUAUACAUGCUAUAAAUUUUGUUUCCAGUAAAUUGUAGAACGCAGACAUUUAUUUGGCAUUUUAAAUUGUAUUUGGAAAUAAAUUGAGUACUCUGUG